AUGUUACUCGGUCAUCAUCAUGCGAAACGACAACAUCAGAAAACAUCAAAAGUUAAUAAUCGAUCUACUGAUACUACACAAGUGCGUUCAGCACGAACUAAAUAUGAACGCAUGCAAGCACCUAUUUUGUCAUUUGACGAAGAAGGAGACAUUCCAGUACCUGCUGGCAAACAGAAACACUUACUUUCACCGGAUAGUGCAUUUGUUAUUGAUUCUCACGAUAAUAUUUCAGGGCCAAAAUCAGGUGGUGAUAAUCUAUCAAUGGAACAAACACGACAAGAGAAAUUUCGACAAAUAUUACGUUCAGUAUCGAAAGUUGCCUUUAGUCAACUUGGUUUAGGUGGUCUCGUUGUUGGUUAUGUUAUUCUUGGUGGAUUGAUAUUUGAUGCAAUAGAAUCACGUUAUGAAUUAGAACGAUUAGAAGAAAAAGAACGAAAUCGACAACAUUUUGUUGAUCAAUUAUAUCUUCAUGCUUAUAGAGAAUUUAAUCGUGUUUUAAAUCAAACAUUUGAACUUAAAUAUGCAUUAUGGCGUGGUGGAAUAUCACGUAAUGAUGAACGUAAUGAUGGUUGGCAAAUAGAUGUUGAAAAAGAUUUAUGGAAACAUCAUAUUGAUUAUGAAUUAAUGCAAUAUUUUGGUGCAGAAGAAAAAAAUCAAUAUGGAAGUGAUCAACAACAACAAGAACAAAAUACUGUCGAAGUUUGGACAUUUUCUAGUGCUAUGUUAUAUUCAGCAACAGUUAUAACAACUAUUGGAUAUGGAAAUAUAACACCGAAAACAACAGAAGGAAAAAUUGCAACAAUGAUAUAUGCUAUGAUUGGUAUUCCUCUGAUGUUUAUGUGUUUAACAUAUACAGGUGAUUUAUUAGCUGAUGCAUUUAUUUCUGGUUAUUCAAGAAUAAUUAAUUUUGUUUAUCGACGAAUAUGUCGUGGACAUUUAAAAGAUUGUAUACCAGAUGAUACUAGACAAAGUUUUGAAAAUCCUGACUCGGAGUCUGAUGAUUCUCGACAUGUACCUAUUGUAGCAACCUUAGCUGUUCUGGCACUUUAUAUAACUAUGGGUGCAUUACUUUUUGCUCAAUGGGAAAAUUGGCAUGUACUUGAUGGAGCAUAUUUUUGUUUUAUAACAUUUACAACAAUUGGUUUUGGUGAUCUCGUACCAGGUAAAGGGACAGUAACAGAAUCCAAAGCUGGUAAAGCAGCAAUGUGUGCAUUAUUUCUUUUAUUUGGCAUGAUUGUUAUGGCCAUGUCAUUUAAAUUAAUGCAAGAUGAAAUCAUGUCAAAAUUUCGUCGAUUCGGUAGACGUUUUGGUUUUGUUAAACGAUCUAAUGAUCCUGGAUGA